AUGGAAUUGAAUCGUGAACAUUUUCGUGCAAUAAUUUACUACGACCUUCAGUGUGGAUUAAACCCAACAACAGUGUAUCCAUCAAUUUGUGACCAUCGACUUUUGGUGAUGAAGCGCCACACCGGGCCACAGUUUUUCGCUGAUUUCCUAAAUUUAGUCGUGGUCGUCGUUCGCUCAGGGAUGAAUUUCGUGAAGGUAGUCCAAAAUCGGUGGUUUUGCCAGAAAACAUCAAAGCUGUACGCGAUAUGAUAAAACUAGACCGUCAUGUGACUUAUCAUGAAAUUGAAGCAUUUCUAGGCAUGAGUUCUACUAGUGUUCAUUCAAAAUUGCAUAGACAUUUGGUAGUUAAAAAAAUGUGUUCACGUUGGAUACCACACAAUUUGAUACUAGCUCAAAAAAAAUGUUCGUGUAGAUUGGUGCACAGACAUUUGGAAAAAUACAGUCAUGGCACUUCAAAAGACGUCUAUACAAUUGUGACUAAUCAUGGAUUUAUGCGUAUGAUCCGGAAAAUAAAUGGCAAUCGACUUUUUGGGUCUUUCAAGGUGAGCCAAAUUCAAUAAAAUUUGUUUCCGUUCGAAGCUCUUUGAACCAAAUGGUCGCCUGUUUUUUCGGUAUAACUAGACAUGUGGUAACUGCAGUGUUAGAACAACGUAGGACGAUUAAUUCUGAAAGGUUUACAAACAUUUUUGCUUGCCAAAAGUCUUCGGAGAAAUAAGAAAAAAAAACCGCCAAAGACGGAUCAUUCUUCACCAUGACAAUGCAAGUUCUCACAAACCAGCUCAAACAACCGCCUAUCUUACCAGCCAAAACAUCGAAUUGAUGGGUUAUCCGCCAUAUAGCCCGGAUUUGAUACCCAAUGUCUUCUUUUUAUUCAGAAAAAUAAAAAAAAAAAAUUGCGUGGUAAACGUUUUCCGACGCCCGAAGAAGCAGUUGAUGCGUUCAAAAUGCAUGUUUCGAAGGUAUCUGGUAAUUGGAGUGAAAGAAGUGGUUCGAAAAUUGGUUCAAACGCAUGCAAAAGUGUAUUGAUAUCCGUGGAGAAUAUUUUGAAAAACAAUAAAACCAUUUUUAAUGAUUGA